CCCGGAAGGAGCCGGCUGGCCCGAGCGCUGGCGGCAGCUGAGUCAGGCGAGUGACCCUCGUGCCUGACCAUGGGGGUCCUGAGCCGGGAAACCUGGACCCAGCGCCUGGGCGCCUUCCGGGCCAGCCCGUCCACCUUCAUGGCAGCUUCGGAAGGUGAGGAUCUGGGUCGUCACCUGCUGAGCGACCUGAGGAGUGAGAAGCUGAGCGAACUGACCAAGGUUUCCUUGCUGGCCUUGAGCUUGGAGUACCCAACCCAGCUGUGGCCAGACGCCCCUACAGCUGAGGCAGCUGCCACUUCCCUGUUGGACACCCUGGUCCUUCUACCCCCACGGCCAUCAGCUCUGCGGCGGCCCCUGUUGCUGGCAGCAACCACAGCCCUGGUGGCAGGAGGUGCGCUGGGUCCCACCUCCACAGCCUCCCACCGGCUCCUGCCCUUACUGCUUGGCUUGGCUUCCGGUGGCGAUCUGGGGCGAGGCUUUGGCCCCUCCUCCGAGCAGCGGCCCCUACGGGCCACUGCGUGCGAGUGCCUGCGGGAACUGGAGAGCUGCAAGCCUGGGCUGCUGGGGGGCUGCCUGGGGCUGCUGCGUGGCCUGCUGGGGCAGGAGGGCCCGGUGGCCCCUGUCCAGCCACUCAGCUUGCUCCUGGCACUUGCCCUGCGCAACACCUUGGUGAUACAGGCAAGGGCCAGGGCCAGCCUGCAGGGCCUACUCACGGUCAGGGCCUUUCCCACUGAGGGUGAUCCAUGGAACUGGACACUGGCUCAAGAGGGUGAUGCCCACCUUCAGCCACAAGCGCCAAGUUGGUCGGCAGCCGAGGAGGAGUGUGACCUUUCAGCACUAGAGCCCAGUCCUGAGGAGGCCCGGGAGCUGCGGGCUACAGUGGCCCAGCUUCUGGACACCUCUUACCUGCUCACUCCUGUGGCCCAGGCCCAACUUCUGUGGCUGCUGGGCUGGGCCCUGCGGGGUCUGCGGGGACAGCCCCCAGUGCUCUUCAAGCCACAGUUGGUACGGCUGCUGGGCACAGCACAGCUGACACUGCUGCAUGCUGUUCUGGCACUGAAGAUGGCCUUCGGGGAGGCACUGUUCACAGCCCAGGACGAGGCCUUGUUGCUCCGCCGGCUCACCUUGGCUGCACAGCACCCAGCCCUGCCCCUGCCUGCCCAUCUCUUUUACCUGCACUGCCUCCUGAGCUUCCCGGAGAACUGCCCGCUGGGCCCCACAGGUGAGGAGUCUGCCCCACUCCUGCUAGAGCCCCAGCUGUGCCGUGGCCUCCUACCCAGUCUCCUUCACGACCCAAUGGCCCUCCUGGCCCGCCUGCAUCUGCUGUGCCUGCUCUGUGCUGAAGACGAAGAAAAGGAGGAGAACGGCCAGGGUCACAGCCCCCGGCACUACUUGGAGGAGCUUCUGGCCGGCCUGCGGCAGAGGGCAGCCCUGAAUGGGAGCCCCCGGACCUUGGCUACACUCUGCUUCCAGGCCUCUUACCUGGUUGCUCACUGCCUGGCCGGGCAACCUGCAUUGCUGACAUCCUUAACCCAUGGACUGGCCCACCUGUACCGAUCCCGGCCUGCACUGGCUCCCCAUUUUGUUGACCUCUUGGAUCGGGUGGGCCCUGAGCUGGGGGAGCCUCUUAGGGUCGUGUUGCAGCAAGAGGUGGUAUCCAGGCCCAGUGAGGAUGAGGCCCUUCGUUGGCACCUGCAGAUGCUGGCAAAGGUGGCAGAUAGGGAUACCCAGAGAGCCACCCUCAGCUUCCUGCAGGCUGCAGCUGCCCACUGCACGGACUGGGGCCUCCAGCAGGCCUUGCUGCAGGUCUGCCGGGCCCUGCUGCGGGCGGGUGUUGGGGAGGGCCUGGCGGACUUGCUGCAGACAUUGGCCAAGCAGCUGGACGACCCUGAUGGGCGGGACCACGCCCGCCUCUAUUAUAUCCUCCUGGGCCACCUGUCAGGGCCCAAGCUGGGGGUGGCCCUGAGCCCCUCAUUUGCUGCACCUGCACUGGCCUCUUCACUGGUGACCGAGAACCAGGACUUUGCCACGGUACUGAUGGUGCAGGAGGCCCCAGCCCCAAUUCGGCUGAGUGUGGGGCCCCAAAGGGUUGAGGGCCCAGUCCCAGUGCUGCAGCUCCAGGUGGAGGUGCUGGAACCAGUGUACUCUCUGGAGCUUCGCUUUCGAGUGGAAGGACAACUCUAUGAACCCCUGGGGAGUGUCCAUGUGCCCUGCCUAUGCCCUGGCCGCCCCGCUCGCCCUCUGCUCCUACCCCUGCAGCCCCGGCGCCCAGCCCCUACCCAACUGGAUAUCCGUGCUCUUUAUACCAAAUCCACUGGCCUCACGUGCUAUGCCCGCCUGCCACCCCUGCCUGUGAAGUUCGCUGACCUCUUCCAGCCUUUCCCCCAGCCCCCUGAGGGGGCCAGGCUGGGCUUCUUUGAGGAGCUCUGGGACUCCUGCCUGCCAAAGGGCACUGAGAGUCGCCUGUGGUGCCCUCUUGGGCCACAGGGUCUGGAGGCCUUGGUGUCCCGCCACCUGGAGCCCUUCGUGGUGGUGGCCCAGCCCCCCAUUAGCUAUCACAUAGCCAUCCGCCUGCCCCCAGACUCAAAGCUGCUGCUGCGGCUGGAGGCAGCGCAGGCGGACGGAGUGCCGGUGAUCCUGCGGACUGAUGACUGGGCUGUGCUGCCCCUGGUGGGGAACUACCUCCGGGGGCUGUCGACUGCUGUCUGAGCCUGGGCCAGGCCAGGUGGGAACAGGACUGUGGCCCUUGUAGGGACUUGUUAAGAGGGGCAGCUGAAGAGCAGGACACAGUCCUGUGGCUCCUUUCUGUAAAAACCUAUGUUCACCAGUGACCCUCAUGGUUUGUUUUUUUCUGGUUCCUAAUUAGGAGCAGAACCACUGGGAUGGGGGUCAGAGGCUCCCAGAAGGCUCCUAGAGUAGGAACCCCCAGACUGCGGGACUCCAAAGUUCCUUCCUAUCUAAAUAGGCUGGGGUUCUCCGGAAUCUAUGCCCAGGAGGCAGGAGAGAAAGCCCUCAUCUCUGCUCCUCAGAGGGUCUGGUCUUGCCCAAAGCCACCCAGCAGUUUAGGAAUGAGCCUGGAGCUGGCUUGGUCCUCCUGACCUGUGGGCCAGCGCUUUUCAACCUGAGGUGUGCAGAGUCCCUGCCCCUGGGAGCUUAGGCUAGAAACACCGGGGAGGUUUCAGUGGCCUCUUCCCUGGGGAGCAAGGCUCCACCAGGCUGGGAUUGGAGUCAGCUCUAGGAAGGGCCUGCUAGCGAGUAUGGUUUCAGGGCUGAGGGCAGACAGCAACACACGGUCUGGUCAAAACCAAGCUGGCUUUUUUCACCCCAUCUGGGAAACCCCACCAGUGGACCUAGGAAUCUUCCCAGGUAAGAACCAGCUCCCCCAGUUCUCAUUCCAGAUAUGUAAGAUACUCAGGAUUCCGAUGUAUUAGGCCAGCUCUGCCGCCAGGCACCAGGCUGGUGUUUUCCAUAUCCGUUGCUUCACUUGAUCCUUGCAACAGCUC